GCGAGAUUUGCCAUGACUGUCACAUCACGGAUACCACCAACCUGCUAGCUGGCCGACUGGUCGCCGCAUCCCUGAAUGUGAUUUGCAAGUGUGCGGAGUGUUUCCUUUGGAUUUGAUGAAAGCCAAUAUUGAUAAAUGUCCAUCGACAGUGACGAGUCGUUGCUGAUGUGCUUAUUUGAUCGUCUUUACUGCAUUUACAGCCGGCUUUAGUACGAGCUGCUGCGGGUCAGUACAGGUUACGCUUCGUUGGCUGCCUUGUUUACACGUUAGCCAUAGGUAACAUUAGCUAGCACGCACUAAAACACUAACAUUAUGGCUGUUUUCUCGUUGCUAGCUACAAAUUGAUGGUGUUUAUAUCGUUGUAAUAAGCAAACUGAAUCUCUGCAUUACACCGCAUAGCUUGUCAUCACUGUAUGUAAUGUAACAGUACCGAAACCUUACAAGAUAGAGCAGAUUGACACCUUAACUUCAGUGAGGUCGUUUAAAAAAAGCUGUCGCACAAGUUAAUUAUCAAGAGUUAUUCAACCACAAGGAAUGUAAAAGUUAAAUGGCGUAGCUAGUUAGCAUGGCACAAUCUGAUGGCAGUUCAGGGAUGCCAGAGCAGACGAGUGUACAGUGGUAGCAGCCACAUCGUCCCUCAACUGCCUCUGGCGGCCAACCAUCGAAGAAAACAGCGGUGUCAAUUGGUAGGUGACAUUAAAACAUCGUCCCUGAAACAAAGGACGAUGGAGUCUGUGAGGGGUGCUUUCCACGCUCAGCUGGCCACCGUCAUGGACUCGCUGCUGGCAGCCGCCGUGUGCGAGAUCGCCAAGAUUUUUGAGAGCAGCCUGUGUGAGCAGCAGGCGGAGCUGGCGCAGAAAACGCAGGAGAUCUCCAUCCUCAGAGGCAGGCUGGAGAAAGUGGAGAGGAGGCAAAGGGCGAAGGGUGGAGGGAGCGAGGAAGGGGAGAUGUCAAUAGGAGACAGAGAGGACAGCUUGAGGCAGAAGACCCUGACAGGAUCAGGAAAGGAUGUGUCUCCUCAUUCAGACCCAGCAGCAGGGCUCAGUCACAGCCUCAGUGGGCUAAAAGAGGAGGGCACAGGCCAAGAUGGAGAUUCAAUAAAACAUGAGCAUGCUGGAUCACGACCUACUAUGGAGUCUGUCGCAGUCCAAGCCCCAGAGGGAAGCCUUGUUGCUGAGCACCAGAGGCAGAUAGAUCCUCUGGCUGCCACACAAGCAAAGGCCAAAUUGUCUCACUGGGAUCAAGGCAGUCGAAGUGCAGACCACCGACCCCUCCAGGAUCAAGCUUCCACUCCUUUUCUCUCCAUCUCCCAGAGCGGACGCUGCUCGCCAAGGCCUGACCCAAGCCUAGCUCAGCCUGGGGAGUGGUUACCGGGGUUAGACGCCACCAGAGGUGGGGUGCCCGGUCUAGAGAACUUGCAGGCAGAUGGCACCAGCUGUUCUGGUCCAGCCAGCAGCAGCACCGGCACAGACACACCCUGCUUCCGACCUGGCUUUGGCUCUGACGAAACCAGCAACGAAGAUGAGGAUAGUUCUUUCCCUUUCCUGGACCAGGAGCCUGAGAACCAGAGCGCCAACCAGAACUCAGUGCAGGAUCAGGGGGUGGCGCAAAGGGAGGCUCAACAGGAUCAGCCACAGGCUCCAUCUGGUGAGUCACCAUGGAGACCCAGAGAUGAUAGGGGAGGGAGAGGCCCCAUCAAUCACACAAGGCGGGUCGCAACUUUUGGCAACAGAGACCCUCUCCGACCGCAGUCCAAUUCACAGUCGCUCACGCUACGACAUGCAAACACUCUCAGCCACCCACCAGCUCCCAGCGGAGGGAACGGACGACCUUACACCUGCCCGUACUGCACCAAGUGUUUCACCUACCCCUCCCAUCAGCGCAGACACCUUUUACGCCACACAGGAGUCAGACUGCAUCCCUGUCAGUUCUGUGACAAGAGCUUCCUCACUCCCUCUGAGCUCACUGUUCACACUCGCACGCACACAGGUGAGCGGCCUUUUGGCUGCGCACAGUGCGGUAAACGUUUUGCACGCAGCGGGAACUUGAGAGCCCACCAACGGGACGUUCACAUGGGGAAGAGGCCGUUUGCUUGCACAGAGUGUGGGAAGAGGUUUGCCCACAGAGGGAACCUCAGGGUGCACAAUCACAGAGUCCACCAAGGGGAUCCCUACUACAUGGAUGAUCAGCAGGAGCCAGACAUAGGCCCUAAUCCCAUUUGAAAACAUUUUGUUUAAAUAAUGGUCAUGCACUUAAACCCGAGGAACUCGUUUCAGAAUUGCCUAUUGUGUCCCACUCGACCUUAUUACUGACUACUUCGAAGGAUUAGGAAGCGUUUAAUGUUUCUGAUUUUUUUGUUUUUUUUCCAGAUUUGAUGUGGGGAAAAAAUAAAUAACUGUCAAAUUUUAUUAUAUGUAUCUGAUAACAAACAAAGUCAAAGUACGUUUGAUUUCAGUGUCCUAAUUGUGUUUUCAAUUGUGAAUCUUGCAGAUAUUUAGGACAUUUUUCACUGAAUUGUAAAUUACUAAAUAUGAUCACCCAUAAUUAAGAAAUAUUGGCUAUUGUUGUAAAGAAAAUAACUUACCUCCAGGAUCUUCCAAUGACAUUCUUUCUUAUCAGUGGAGUAACUUUUCAUUACUUGAAGUAAAAAAAAACUGCAAAAUAACAUUAAGCCAAUAAAGAAAGCCUAGUUGGUAUUAGAUUUAGACAUGUGGCAUGCAGAGGUAGGAUAGCACGUCUCUUCCUUCAAAAUUGUGCUUACGUACCAACCAUCUCCUCAAACUUUUAUUUUGACUGUGUUGUAAAAUGGAAACGUGUUAUUGAAACAAGUACAUAACUGUGUCGUUAACGAGGAACUGAGCUUUUAUUUGACAUCCCGUUUUUGCCAAGUGAAAUUAAAGAAUAUACUCGUGCAAACUA